ACCCGCGCGGUUGCGCGGAUCGAGAUCUAGUUCAGAUUAAAAUACACGUAAUUACGGUCUUACUUGUUGACCAAUGUCCGUUGCUUGGGUGGUGUUUUACUUGGUAAAUAAGCAUAAAGUUAAAACCCUUUUAUUACGCCUCCCAGUAGGCCUGAGACUUAUUAUCCGAGAUCCGGAUUCGAUCCGAAAUCCGCUCCGGAUCCGUUCCGGAAAUAGGAUAUUCGGGGUGCCCGGAUCCGAAUCUGGAUAGUAAAAUCUUGGAUCCGUGCAAACCGAAUCCGGAUCCGAAUAUCUUAAUUUUUAGGUCCGGAUAUCCGGAUCCGGAUUUGUAUUUUUAAAAUACAUUAAAUUUUUAAAUUUUAUUAAUAUUAAUAUUUGAUAUAUUAAUAUUUAUACAUGAAUUAAUCUUAUAAUAUUAUAUUUUAGUUUUUACAAUAUUAUAAACAUAUAUAAAUAUAUUUAUAAAUAUUUAAUUUAUGUAUUAUAUUAAAAAAAUAGUAAUUUUGUUAAAAAAAUUAUUUUUAAUUAUUUUGACGGAUCCGGAUCCGAAUCCGGAUAUCCGCGGAUAAUAAAAUAUCGAGACGGAUAUCCAAAACCGGAUAUUCGGAAACCACGAAUUCGGAUCCGGAUAUUAAAUCCACGGAUCCAGAUCCGGAUCCGUCCAAGGGCUACCUCCCAGUGCACAUGAUGAAGUCAAUUCUUACGUUUAUAAUAGUUGUGCCCAACCUAAAACUUCAUGUAUUUUGAAACAGAGGGAGUAUUGUUAUUCAAAACUAGCAUAUUCUAUUCAAAAUUGAGAAAUUGGUUUGUCGGUUAAAAUAUACAAUAUUUGCACAUAUAGUUUUAAGAUACUGUUUUGUAACUAAAAACAUUUGAUAGUAUUGAUACGAUAAAGAUUGAGGCUGCAAUUUUGGUUAGUUUAAGGCUGCGAUUUUGUUUGCAUUAAUAAACCAAAUAUCUUGAAGUCUGAACUAAUGAACACGUACGCUGCGUAGUUGACUAUAAAGUAUAAACAAUAAGAAGCUCCUUUUGGAAAUCCCCAAAUGUAAAGGGACUUGACCGUAAGUGCGUAUUUGUAGAGAGAGAAAAGAGAGAGAAAAUCAGAUCUGGUUUUGGGUCCGGCGUACGGCCGGCGCGUGAGCGUUCGUGCCGUCGCCGGAGCCCAUUUUCUGUUGGUUAGAAACGUUCCCCGGCUUCUUCUUCACCUCCUCUCUCUGUUCGUUUUGUCGGAGCUCUGUCCAGUCUCCAUCCGGAGUUGUCAACUCGGGGAGUGAACAGACACAUGCGGUGGCGCAGUGGCUGGAGUAACGACGCGACCGGGUGAAGGGUGAGGUGGGGUGAUGUCGGUUUGUCAGAUUAGGGUUUUUCGGGAGGUGGAUGUUUCUACAGAUCCAUCGCCGCCGGUCUAGUUUCUGGGAGGCGGAGGCUUCGUUAGCUCCGCUUUCGCCGGCUUCAGUUUCCGGGAGGCGGAGGCUUCGUUAGCUCCGCUUUCGCCGGCUUCAGUUUCCGGGGGGUAAAGGCGUUCUUUGCCUUGUGCCGCCGGCGUUUAGUCCCUACGUUUGUUAGGGUUUUUUUUUUAUCUUUGGUUUUUGCGGUUUCGGUUUGGUCUAGUUGGAGGAGUUCUCGUCGGAAGACGAUCGAAGCUAUCCGAUGUUGAAGGGUUGGUUGUGCCGGCGAAGCUUUCUUCCCAGUUCCGGUGACGAAAGGAGACGAAAGGAGGCGGAUGAGAUCUUGGGUUACCGAUUGACUCUCUCCACUAAUGGGAACUUGCGGUUGGAAGCGUUUGCGGCGAAAAGGUUGUGAAGUCAGUGAGUGACGGUUUAUCCGGUGGAUCGUUGGGUUGAUCACCGGUGAUGGCUGGAAGCGGGGGGACGCCGUGAGCGAACGGAGGCGCCGCUUUUAGUUUUUCUCUAGGGUUUCGUUUGGUGGGCCUUGGGCCUUUUUGUAAUGCUGGACUUGGCUCAUAAAAUAUUAAAAUUAACUAUUGACGGAAAAAAAAAAAAAAAAAAAGGGACUUGACCCAAAUUGGUUGACUCUACAUUUUACACCUUUCCACACCGAACAGGUUUUGGUCCUCUCUUGUUGUCUUUAUCACAUUCAUUUAUGGUUGCUUUCUUUGACCGUCAUAAAUUAUACUCAUAUUUAUUUUACUAACACAGUAGUGUUAUUAAUUGGCUGGACAACUGAGAUCAAUUAAAGAAUGUAUUUUCACUUAUUAGAUUGGCUUUGCACUAUCGUAAUCGUAAAUUCGCAAUCAUAUAGUAUUAUUUAAAGUUUUAAUAUGCAGCAACAUGCUUAGUGUCCCACAUCGCGUUUUCUCACCAAACUCGAAUGUUAUAGAAUUGAUUUUGACUAGUGUGGAAUUCUGUAACCAAAAGAACGAGAAAAUUAGUCCCACGAGGCUACGACGAGGACAGGAACUUCCUUAAUUACACGGUUUCGUUUACUAGUUACAACGUCAUGAUCUAAUGGUUUCACGAUAUUAUAUGAAACAAAAAUGGUGUUGUUAUAUACAUCUGUAUAGAGCACUAUUUUGUAUCAUGUCGCUAGUAAGAUACCAGCUCAGUAGCUCACACGAGAAGAGUUCAACAUGAUUAUUUUAUUUCACGAUUAUGUCUACAUGUGUAUUCUUAACACAGUAUUAAGAUAAGUUACAAGAAAAAAUUACAUUGUUGAACUCAUGGGGAUCAUAAAAAAAAGAUGUUUACCGAUAGACCACAACAAUUAGUAUAAUAUUAGGCCUAUAGCUAAGAUUUUGUAGAUUUGAUAUGGGUCAUAUGACCCCCUUAACUAUAGAAUGGUUCCACCACUCGCAAAAACUACCGUCAAACGUGGAUUUUAUAGGACGGCUCAAAUGAUACAUUUAAGCGUGAAUUUUCGUAAGAUAGGUAAAAUGCACACAAAUAUUUAUAACCACGUAAUGAUUGUCUAAUAACAGGUAUCUUUGGGUUGAUAAAAGCACUUCACUAUAUUGUAUUGUGUGGAUACACGAAUAUAAAAUUAAGGCCAUUGUUUACGGCUCAUUUAAAUAUUCAAAUAAAUGGUCCAUUUGUAUUUUAUUGGGAAUUAGUUGAGCAUUUUCAUAAGUCCACAGUGCCUAGGUUAAAAAAUAAAAUAUACUGAUUAGCAUAAACAGAAGUAGAACAGUACGUUGACUGAAAAAAAAAAAAACUAGUGGAUAGUUAUCAUGAUCGGGACAUAAAAUUCUGAAAUGCACAUAAACUGGAAAGACGAAAACAUUGUAUAACCAAGAACGAGGACAUAUUCAAAGAUGCCACGAUUCAUACGUAACGCCGUGCGUAUAUCACAUUGAAUUGUAAGUUAGUAUGUAAUAUAUAGAGAAUGUAUACUUCUAACUAUAUGUGUUCCAAAAAAAAAAAAAGUAUACUUCUAACUAUGUCAACAAAAAUAUAUAAACCCUUUUCUCAAAAUAAUGUAUAUAGGUUGUAAGAUUAUACAAUAAUUUGACGACGUAUGCAAAGAUGAUCCACACAUGUUACACGCCGUACGUAUAUAACACACUCAAAUGUUGGUUCAGUUAUGUUAUACAAUAAUAUAUGUAUACUUCUAGUAGUGUUAUAAAAAUGUAGAAGAUAAGUCGUGAGUACGAUUAUCUAACCGAUACGCGGACGUAUUCAAAGAUGUCCCACACGCUAGUAUAUGUUUUAUAAAUCAGAGGAAAAUGUUAAAACUUUGAAUAAAGACUCAGAAAAAUCUUCACUGCGUAUCCUAAAGGUUCAGUCACAAACUUUUCUGAAGAAAAUCUAAUAAUUACGUCAUAUUUAUUUAUCAGUUAAUAUAUAAUAACCUUAUAUAUAUGUAGAAGAUAUAUGGACAAAGAAGAGACAUUAACAGAAACAGAGUUCUUCUUUUGUAUUUAAUUGGUCUCUCUUUUUGCCGCCAGAAAAAGAUACAGCGUUCGACAAACAUCUUUACAUCGUAACAGUUUCUUACAGGUAGCUUUCAUGGCUUUAUCUUUUGGGAGCUUACAAAGAGGCAACAGUUUCAAGAAAGAUUCACAAGAGUGCGAAACACCGAGACUUCUGAAAAGCCCAGUAAAAAUGUAUCUGGAGAAGACUUUAUCGUUCAAAGAUUUGGUCGAGAAGGGGAACAAAUACAAAGAUGAAAACUUAGGGGUCAAAACGAGAAAAAGUGUAAACUUGAAGGGUCCUAAACCAGAUAACAUGGUUCUUCUUGAGAGGAGUCUCUCGUUCAUAAGUCUCGUCCAGGUAGAGCACAAGGAAGAAGAAGCAUGCUCGUCUUCAAACCGUAGGAGCAGGGACAAAAUGGGAAUCUCAGGGAGUUUAACGGCGUUAAGUUUACCACAACCUCCCCCGUUUUGGUCUCCGAGACCAUCAACGGAGCUUGAUGCUGCCGCUGUUACGUUACAAAAGGUUUACAAGAGUUACCGAACGCGUCGAAAUCUCGCUGACUGUGCAGUAGUUGUUGAAGAACUAUGGUGGAAAGAAUUGAAAUUGGCAGCGUCAGAACCGAACCGAACCAAUCAAACGGCUGUGUCCAGGUGGGCAAGAGCUGGAACAAAAGCAGCAAAGGUAGGGAAAGGCUUGCUGAAAGAUGAUAAAGCGCAGAAGCUAGCUUUGCGACAUUGGUUAGAAGCUAUUGAUCCACGUCAUCGGUAUGGACAUAACUUACACUUAUACUACGAUGUUUGGUCAGUAAGCGAGAGUAGUCAGCCAUUUUUCUUCUGGUUAGACAUUGGAGAGGGCAGGCAAGUGAACCUCACCAAAUGUCCAAGAACGCUUCUUCAACGACAAUGCAUCACUUACCUUGGUCCGAAAGAGAGACCAGCAUACGAAGUUGUAGUGGAAGGAGGGAAACUAGUCAACCGACAAAACAAAAAACUCGUUGAGACCAUCGAAGGAACAAAGUGGAUCUUCGUGUUAAGCACGACAAGAAAACUAUACAUUGGUCAGAAGGAAAAAGGUCGGUUUCACCAUUCGAGUUUUCUCUCCGGUGCUGCCAUUACUGCUGCCGGUAGAAUUGUUUCACACGGCGGAGUUGUAGAAGCUGUGUGGUCAUACAGUGGUCAUUAUCGCCCGACGGAAGAGAAUUUUCAAGAAUUUAUCGGGUUCUUAAAAGAAAACAAUGUGGAUCUUACCAACGUUAAGUUGAAUCCGAUUGACGAUGAUAAGUGUAUUGUCUCUAAUGAGGGAAGCAUUAAACCGCUGAAAUCCGAAGGUACAGAUGAAACCACGGUUAUUCCGGUUGAACCGCCGGUAGAGGAUUCCGGAGAACAAAAACGUUUUAUGUGCAAGUGGAGUACCGGAAAUGGACCUAGGAUCGGGUGUGUGCGGGACUACCCUAUGGAUUUGCAGAUCCGAGCGCUUGAACAAGUCAACCUUUCUCCUCGUGUGGUCAACGGAAAGAUGGGAUUAUUUGGUCCAAUACCUUCGCCAAGGCCUAGUCCAAAGAUUCGCGUCUCUCCUAGACUAUUUUGCAUGGGUCUUCCAAGUCCGAGAAACUAAUUUAUCGUUUUUUUUCCUGAUCUGAUCAUACAUGUUCUUUUUGUCACCUCUGAUCUUGGGUGAUUCUUUAACAGGGGUACAACUUGUACACAUUUCAAAUAAUUCAUAAUUUUUAAGGUUGUAAUAACCUUUAUUUACUUUGUAACACCGCUUCAAUAUCAUUAUUUUAUUUAUAGAUUUUGUUAUAAACCAUGAUCGACCAU